CAGUGCACGCCGGGCAAGAGGAAGACCUCCAGAAGCUCCCCGCGCAGCGCGGCUGUGUUUGCGUUGCGGCCUGUGCGAGUAGUCGCUUUGGAACCAGGCUCUCGGCGUGCGGCACGCAGAAACCUCGAACCGCUGGAUCCGUCUCGUAACCUGGAUCUUAGAAGUCCUCGAACACAGUACCGUUUCCUCAGCGGCGGACUGCUGGAGUAAGAAUGUCCUUCCCCCCCCAUCUGAAUCGUCCUCCAAUGGGAAUCCCAGCACUCCCGCCAGGGAUCCCCCCCCCACAGUUCCCUGGCUUUCCUCCACCUGUACCUCCAGGUACCCCAAUGAUUCCUGUACCAAUGAGCAUUAUGGCUCCUGCUCCAACUGUCUUAGUACCCACAGUGUCCAUGGUUGGAAAGCAUUUGGGAGCAAGAAAGGAUCAUCCAGGCUUAAAGACAAAAGAAAAUGAUGAAAAUUGUGGUCCUACUACGACAGUUUUUGUUGGCAACAUUUCUGAGAAAGCCUCAGACAUGCUUAUAAGACAGCUCCUUGCUAAAUGUGGCUUGGUUUUAAGCUGGAAGAGAGUACAAGGUGCAUCUGGAAAACUUCAAGCCUUUGGAUUCUGUGAGUAUAAGGAGCCUGAAUCUACCCUCCGGGCACUCAGGUUAUUGCAUGACCUGCAGAUUGGAGAGAAGAAGCUACUUGUUAAAGUUGAUGCAAAGACAAAGGCACAACUGGAUGAAUGGAAAGCAAAGAAGAAAGCUUCUAAUGGGAAUGCCAGGCCAGAAACUGUCACUAAUGAUGACGAAGAAGCCUUAGACGAAGAAACAAAGAGAAGAGAUCAGAUGAUCAAAGGGGCCAUUGAAGUUUUAAUACGUGAAUACUCCAGCGAGCUCAAUGCCCCUUCACAAGAAUCUGACUCUCACCCAAGGAAGAAGAAGAAGGAAAAGAAAGAGGACAUUUUCCGCAGAUUUCCAGUGGCACCUCUGAUCCCUUAUCCACUCAUCACUAAGGAGGAUAUAAAUGCUAUAGAAAUGGAAGAAGACAAAAGAGAUCUGAUAUCCCGAGAGAUCAGCAAAUUCAGAGACACACACAAGAAACUGGAAGAAGAGAAAGGCAAAAAAGAAAAAGAAAGACAGGAAAUUGAGAAAGAACGGAGAGAAAGAGAGAGGGAGCGUGAAAGGGAACGAGAAAGGCGAGAACGGGAACGAGAAAGGGAAAGAGAACGUGAACGAGAAAAGGAGAAGGAACGGGAGCGGGAACGAGAACGGGAUAGGGAUCGUGACCGGACAAAGGAGAGAGAUCGUGAUCGGGAUCGAGAAAGAGAUCGUGACCGCGAUCGAGAAAGGAGUUCAGAUCGAAAUAAGGAUCGGAGUCGAUCAAGAGAAAAGAGCAGAGAUCGGGAACGGGAACGGGAGCGUGAAAGAGAGAGAGAGAGAGAACGGGAACGAGAAAGAGAACGCGAGCGAGAGAGAGAACGUGAAAGGGAACGGGAGCGUGAGAGAGAGAAAGACAAGAAGAGGGACCGAGAAGAGGAUGAAGAAGAUGCAUAUGAACGAAGAAAACUUGAGAGAAAACUCCGAGAGAAAGAAGCUGCUUAUCAAGAGCGUCUUAAGAAUUGGGAAAUCAGAGAACGAAAGAAAACUCGGGAAUAUGAGAAAGAGGCUGAAAGAGAAGAAGAACGAAGAAGAGAAAUGGCAAAAGAAGCCAAACGACUAAAGGAAUUUUUAGAAGAUUAUGAUGAUGAUAGAGAUGAUCCCAAAUAUUACAGAGGAAGUGCUCUUCAGAAAAGGUUGCGUGAUAGGGAAAAGGAAAUGGAAGCAGAUGAACGGGAUAGGAAAAGAGAGAAGGAAGAGUUAGAGGAAAUCAGGCAGCGACUUCUGGCAGAAGGGCAUCCAGAUCCAGAUGCAGAGCUUCAGAGGAUGGAACAAGAGGCUGAGAGGCGCAGACAACCACAAAUAAAGCAAGAACCAGAAUCAGAGGAAGAGGAAGAAGAAAAGCAAGAAAAAGAAGAAAAACGAGAGGAACCCGUGGAAGAGGAAGAGGAGCCAGAGCAGAAGCCCUGUCUCAAACCAACUCUGAGGCCCAUCAGUUCUGCCCCAUCUGUUUCCUCUGCCAGUGGCAAUGCAACCCCCAACACUCCUGGGGAUGAGUCUCCCUGUGGUAUUAUAAUUCCUCACGAAAACUCACCAGAUCAACAGCAACCGGAGGAGCAUAGGCCAAAAAUAGGACUAAGUCUUAAACUAGGUGCUUCCAAUAGUCCUGGUCAACCUAAUUCUGUGAAGAGAAAGAAACUCCCUGUAGAUAGUGUCUUCAACAAAUUUGAGGAUGAAGACAGUGAUGAUGUACCCCGAAAAAGGAAACUGGUUCCUUUGGAUUAUGGUGAAGAUGAUAAAAAUGCUACCAAAGGCACUGUAAACACUGAAGAAAAGCGCAAACACAUUAAGAGUCUCAUUGAGAAAAUCCCUACAGCCAAACCUGAGCUCUUUGCUUAUCCCCUGGAUUGGUCUAUUGUGGAUUCUAUAUUGAUGGAACGACGAAUUAGACCGUGGAUUAAUAAGAAAAUUAUAGAAUACAUAGGUGAAGAAGAAGCUACAUUAGUUGAUUUUGUUUGUUCUAAGGUUAUGGCUCAUAGUUCACCUCAGAGCAUUUUAGACGAUGUUGCCAUGGUACUUGAUGAAGAGGCAGAAGUUUUUAUAGUCAAAAUGUGGAGAUUAUUGAUAUAUGAAACAGAAGCCAAGAAAAUUGGUCUUGUGAAGUAAAACUCUUUACAUUAAGAUUUCCAUUUCAGAUAUCUUCUUUCCCAUCCUUCAAAGGACUUUGAAAUUUAUUUUUUUUUUUUGUCUUGAAAGACAUUUGUGAGACUUGUAAUUUUUUUAAUGUAGAAAAUGUGAAUUUUUUUUCCCUCCAAUUUGUUGAUGCCCUUUGUAGUCCCUUGGCUGUAAAGAUAUCUGAAUCCUACCUUGGUUCUCUUUAUACUCACCAGGUACAAAUUAUUCAUGUUUUAUAAGCCAGAGCUGCUGUACACAGCCUAUCUGAUAUAAUCUUCUGCUGAUUUGUUCCUUGUAAAUAUUAAAAUGACUCCCCAAUUCUUUUGCAGAAUUGCACUUAAUAUUGAACUGUACUGUAUAGGAACCAACAUGAACAAUUUUAAAUGAAAGAAUACCAGUCACACCUAUUGCCCUUUCCCCAUAAUCAGAAUUGGCAAGCUUUCAUGAAGGCAUGAAAUUUAAAAUUACAAUGCGAAAAUUAGGCUGUCCAUUCCUACUGUAUCUU